CUCUAAUCUCUGCCCCCAUCUCGCCACUGCUUCUUCCCGCGGAAUAAAGUAACCUCCCCAUAAAAACGGGCCGGCCGCCCCCCACCUUCCCUUUCCUCCCAGGAUGCGCGGCGCCCCCCGCCUCCUCCGGCCGGAACCCUAGCUAGGCGCAGGCGAGCGGCUCCCCCGCGACGCCGCCACCACGCCCCCCGUCCCGCCUGCCCGCCGAUGGGGCGGCCGGGGUACCUGACGCUGCCCAUCUUCUCGGUGCUCGCGGCGAUCGGGUACGUCUACUACACCACGGUGUUCGUCGCGGUCGCCGGGUGGCUGGGGCUCGCCACGGCUGCCGGGGUCGCCAACGCCGCCGCGUUCACGGCCCUCGCCGCCGCCUGCCUCGCCACCUACGCCGUCGCCGUCUGCCGGGACCCGGGCCGCGUGCCGCCCGCGUUCCUACCCGAUGUCGAGGACGCAGAGACCCCCGUCCACGAGGUCAAGCGCAAGGGUGGUGAUUUGAGAUAUUGCCAGAAAUGUGGACACUAUAAGCCUCCACGUGCACACCAUUGCCGUGUGUGCAAGAGAUGUGUUCUAAAAAUGGACCAUCACUGCAUUUGGAUUAAUAACUGUGUUGGACAUGAGAACUACAAGAUAUUUUUGGUCUUUGUAUUGUAUGCUGUAACUGCAAGCUUCUAUUCUAUGAUUCUGAUUAUAGGGAGUGUCAUGCACAGUGCUCCUAAAGAUGAACAGUCAGGAAGUGAUUCUUCUAAAACAUCGAUUAUUAUUUGUGGGGUCAUUCUUUGCCCAUUAACUUUGGCGUUGACAUUUCUCUUGGGCUGGCACAUUUACCUGAUAUUGCAGAAUAAAACUACAAUUGAGUACCAUGAAGGAGUCAGAGCAAUGUGGUUGGCAGAAAAGGGUGGAGACCUUUAUCAUCAUCCAUAUGAUCUUGGUGUUUAUGAGAAUCUUAUUUCAGUGUUGGGGCGGAGCAUAUUCUGCUGGUUCUGCCCAGUAUCAAAUAAUACAGGCAAUGGCCUUCGGUUCCGUGCAUCAUAUGAUCUUACAUCAUCUAAGCCAGCGAUGUGAUUUAUGCAAGAUAACAUUACAUUCACAGUAGGUCAGCAGAUACGUCUUAAAAGUUAAAACCCUGGACUGUAAGAUACAGUAGAAUUGGAUUGCAGCUCCAGGGGCCUCUUCUGAGUUUGGACGUGAAAAUGUUGACCUAGUAGUUUUUUCAUUCUUCACACACAGAAAAAUCACUGUUCCCCUGCUCAUAAUCUGGAGUAGGCUGUACUUGCACACAGAAGAUUUAACCAAUGUAAUUCUGUUGUAAAGUGUACAUACUGAGGUGUUUGAAAGCCAUGUAUGCAUGAAAGGGACAUGAAAUCAAUUUUUCUAAGAUCAUUUUUGCACGCUCGGUUCAAAGUA